AUGCUGGCUGACGCCCCUCGCUCUGGGAGGCCGACAAAGCAGACUUCACAAGUGCAAAGUCAGGUGCUUUCAAAAGCACAUGCUGACCAGGACGGCGGUGCAAAAACCUGCGCUGAUAUUGCUGCAGAAAUGGGCCUCGAAGGACAUGAUAUCUCUCAUACUACUGUCUGGCGCAUCCUGAAAAAGGCUGGAGUACAAGAAACGACACCCACUGAAAGCCCGGCUUAA